UCCUUGCUGCUGUGACGUCAGCUUCCCCAUCCUCCCAGCCAGGCUGGACCUCUGUGAGAGGCCUGCCUGUCCUGCACCCUGUGCAGAUGCCUCCCACUGUCUGCUGGGGCUGAUGGGCACCCCCUGGCUGGUCUCUUGUACUAGCGGGUGCAGCCCAGAACUGUCUUCUGAGGAAGAGGUGCUCUCCUGGGUCCCCACUGUCCCCAAGCCUCAGCAGCAAGGCAAGUGAGGUGCUGCCGUCAUCCAGAUUGGACAGUUCAUUGAUUUGCCUGAGGCCCCACGGCAGAGUUCAACUGGAGACCAGAGAAAUCAGCUAGAGGCAGAGGGAGGUCACACGGAGUCCCCCAGAAAGGACUGGGCUACGCGCGCUUCAGGUAACCUUCUUGACCUUUAGGAUAAUGAGAAGGCUGCCUGACCAGAGAGUCUCUGAAGAAGAUUCUGUGGCUACAUGCUCCUGCAGAGUGUGAGGGAGACCCUGGUUAUUUCCUCAGCUGUUUCCACCAAAUCCUCCCAUCUUUUGUGGCCAACACCUGAGGCAAGGCUUGGUGCCCCCGUCUGCUGCUGGACACAGAGCCAUGAAGAAGAGGUUAGUGGUGCUGGGCCUGCUGGCCGUGGUCCUGGUGCUGGUCAUUGUUGGCCUCUGUCUCUGGCUGCCCUCGGCCUCCAAGGAACCUGACAACCAUGUGUACACUAGGGCUGCCGUGGCUGCAGAUGCCAAGCAGUGCUCGGAGAUUGGGAGGGAUGCACUGCGGGACGGGGGCUCUGCGGUGGAUGCAGCCAUUGCAGCCCUGUUGUGUAUGGGGCUCAUGAAUGCCCACAGCAUGGGCAUCGGGGGCGGCCUGUUCCUCACCAUCUACAACAGCACCACGCGAAAAGCUGAGGUCAUCAACGCCCGCGAGGUGGCCCCCAGGCUGGCCUUCGCCAGCAUGUUCAACAGCUCAGAGCAGUCCCAGAAUGGGGGGCUGUCAGUGGCGGUGCCCGGGGAGAUCCGAGGCUAUGAGCUGGCUCACCAGCGGCAUGGGCGGCUACCCUGGGCUCGCCUCUUCCAGCCCAGUAUCCAGCUGGCCCGCCAGGGCUUCCCCGUGGGCAAGGGCUUGGCAGCAGCCCUGGAAAACAAGCGGACCGUCAUCGAGCAGCAGCCUGUCUUGUGUGAGGUGUUCUGCCGGGAUGGAAAGGUGCUUCGGGAGAGGGAAAGACUGACCCUGCCACGGCUGGCUGACACCUACGAGACGUUGGCCAUCGAGGGUGCCCAGGCCUUCUACAACGGCAGCCUCACGGCCCAGAUUGUGAAGGACAUCCAGGCAGCUGGGGGCAUUGUGACAGCCGAGGACCUGAACAACUACCGCGCUGAGCUGAUUGAGCACCCACUGAACAUCAGCCUGGGAGACGCGGUACUGUACAUGCCCAGCGCGCCACUCAGCGGGCCCGUACUGGCCCUCAUCCUCAACAUCCUUAAAGGGUACAACUUCUCCCGGGCGAGCGUGGAGACCCCCGAGCAGAAGGGCCUGACGUACCACCGCAUCGUGGAGGCUUUCCGGUUUGCCUAUGCCAAGAGGACCCUGCUUGGGGACCCCAAGUUUGUGGAUGUGACUGAGGUGGUCCGCAACAUGACCUCGGAGUUCUUCGCUGCCCAGCUCCGGGCCCAGAUCUCUGACGAUACCACCCACCCGAUCUCCUACUACAAGCCCGAGUUCUACACGCCAGAUGAUGGGGGCACUGCCCACCUGUCUGUCGUCGCAGAGGACGGCAGUGCUGUGUCUGCCACCAGCACCAUCAACCUCUACUUUGGCUCCAAGGUCCGCUCCCCAGUCAGCGGGAUCCUGUUCAAUGAUGAAAUGGAUGACUUCAGCUCUCCCAGCAUCACCAAUCAGUUUGGGGUGCCCCCCUCACCCGCCAAUUUCAUCCAGCCAGGGAAGCAGCCGCUCUCGUCCAUGUGCCCAACGAUCAUGGUGGGCCAGGACGGCCAGGUCCGGAUGGUGGUGGGAGCUUCUGGGGGCACUCAGAUCACCACGGCCACUGCACUGGUAUGUGUCACCCCUUUUCUCCCUGGCCCUGCCCACCCUGCACAGCCCCCAGGCCAUGCUGAUCACACUCCCAUGCCCCAGGCCAUCAUCUACAACCUCUGGUUCGGCUAUGACGUGAAGCGGGCCGUGGAGGAGCCCCGGCUGCACAACCAGCUUCUACCCAACGUCACAACAGUGGAGAGAACCAUUGACCAGGCAGUGACUGCAGCCCUGGAAACCCGGCACCAUGACACCGAGGUCGCAUCCACCUUCAUUGCUGUGGUGCAAGCUGUUGUCCGCACAGCUGGUGGCUGGGCAGCUGCCUCGGACUCCAGGAAAGGCGGGGAGCCUGCCGGCUACUGAGUGCUCAGGGCGGACAAAGCUGACCAGCAAUCCAGGGACAAGAUACUCACCAGGACCAGGAAGGGGACUUCGGGGUCCCCUGUGAGUGGCAGAGCAUCACAAUAAAUGAGGCCACUGUGUCAGGCUCCAGGUGGCCUCCCUGGCCUGGCUCCCCA